UUUGCUCCAUGGCCAGCGUUGCCCGUUUUGUACAUGACAGAUUGUUCACAAAGAAAAAGGACCCUAAAGUGGUGGUGACUAACCUGCGCUUUGGAACCAUCCCUGUGAGGCUGUUUCAGCCCAAGGCAAUAGCCUGCAGAUCCCGGGGAGGCAUCAUUUUCUACCAUGGAGGAGCCGCAGUGAUGGGUAGCCUGGAUUCUUACCACAACAUGUGCCUUUUCCUUGCCCUGGAGACGGAUUCUGUGCUACUGUCAGUGGGGUACCGCAAGCUUCCUGACCACCAUUACCCUGUCAUUACUAACGACUGUCUGAAUGCCUCCAUCCACUUCCUGAAGAUCCUGAAAACCUAUGGUGUGAACCCUUCCCAGGUUGUGAUCUGUGGGGAAAGUGCUGGAGGAGGAGUUGUGGCCCAGGUGACUCAGGCAUUGGUGAGCCAGAAAGAUCUUCCCCAGAUCCGGGCUCAAAUCCUGAUUUAUCCAACCACUCAGGCCAUCAAUUUACAGUUACCAUCCUUUCAGCAGAACCAAAAUGUUCCGUUCCUCACCCGGGACUUCAUGUUGAUGUGCCUUUGUAAAUAUAUGGCCAUCGACCUCUCCUGGCGAGAUGCCAUGGUGAAAGGUGCUUGUAUACCCCCAGACACCUGGAAGAAGUACAGGAAAUGGCUCAGCUCUGACAACAUCCGACAGAGUGUCAAGAACAGGUUCCAGGAAUCCCAGCUCCGUGGUCCUUUUAAUGAGGCUGCCUAUUUGGAAACAAAACAUCUGUUAGACGUAGCAAAUGCACCCCUCUUAGCAGAUGAUGAAAUCAUUGCUCAGCUUCCUGAGGCCUUCCUGGUGAGCUGUGAGUAUGAUGUCUUCCGUGAUGAUGUCUUGCUCUACAAGAAGCGCUUGGAAGACCAGGGGGUCCCAGUGAGCUGGUACCAUGUGGAGGAUGGAUUUCAUGGAUGCCUAAUUUUAUUUGAUAGGAAGCCUUUCUCUUUCCCUUGCUCUGUGAAAAUUUUAAAUGCUAUAGUCAGUUACAUAAAAGGCAUAUGAUAGUAACACUAAGGCCCUCAGUCGGGUGAGGCCAGGAUAACUC